UCACGACAACACGACAAGACUUCUCACUAAAACGAUUUGCUCGCAAUCGCAUCACGCGUCCAUCCUAUUAUCCUAUCAUAUUAUUCAUUUUACUAAUCACCGGCCGAAUCGAGUUUUAUCGGUGACUGACCGGACGGAGCUUUGGACUCGAUUUUUCGAUAAAGAGACUACAGUGCCUAAAUUAGUGCGAUAGUGUGUUCAGAAUGAUUAGAAGAAAAGUUGGGGAAGUACGAUGAGUGGUGAACCGUUGAGGAUAGUGGAGUCGGCGCGGAGGUGUCGCAGUCGGCGGUGAGCAGCGUGGCGGAGAGCGCGAGCGGCGCGGCGGGCGGCGGCAUGGGCGGCGCGGGCGGCUGGGCGCGCGACGCGCCCGCGCUGCUCAGCACGGCGCUGCUGCUGGGCGGCGCGGGCGGCGCGCUGGGCGAGCGCCCGCCGCCGCCGCUCUUCACCAUCGACAGCAUCCUGGCGCCGCGUCCGCCGCCGCCCAUGCCGCCGCUGCAGCUGCAUCAUCUGGCGCACACACCCUUUCACAGAGCGCACGACUUAUUUGGUGUCGGCAGCGCGGUGACGUCAGCCGGAGGCUACGCCGGUCUGUACAGCGGCUACGCGGCGGCGGCGCUCGCGGGGCUGUCGGGCCCGCCGCCCAAGCGCAAGCGGCGCCACCGCACCAUCUUCACGGAGGAGCAGCUGGAGCAGCUGGAGAGCACCUUCGACAAGACGCACUACCCGGACGUGGUGCUUAGAGAGCAACUCGCGCUAAGGGUCGACUUGAAAGAGGAGCGUGUAGAGGUAUGGUUCAAGAAUCGUCGCGCGAAAUGGCGCAAGCAAAAGCGCGAAGAGCAAGAGCGGCUCCGUAAGCUUCAAGAAGAGCGAGCUUGCGGCCGCGCGAUGGCGUCGGCGCGGGCGCGGCUCACCUCUCCCGCGCGACCGCCGCCCGCGCCGCCCACCCCGCGACCCUACACCGACGACUCGGAGGACUCUGAUCUUGAAGUUGCUUAGGUGCUAGUGAUAACGUCAUGAGUGAACUUCUAAAUCAUGACAGGAUUCAGUUUGUAAUAAGUGAUAAAGAAACGGGCCAGAUUGAGAACCUCCUCCUUUUUGGACGUCCGCUUCGGUUAAAAACUCGAAGAUAUCUCCAAAUAAAGUGCACAAAUAGAAAGGACGAGGUCAGGCAGUUGGUUAUUAAAAAAAACUUUUUAGGAAAAUAUAAACUUAAUUUAGGGAUUGUUUUGUUCCAUCUGUAGUUCAGUGUACCUAUUAAUUUAUCUAUAGGAAUAACAAUUGUUAGAACUUAAAACAAGUACCCAUAUUAAAACAUUCCUUGUACCUACUUACUAUUUUAGAAUUUUAAGAUUCUGUAUAGUGAUUUUAAGUUAUUGGUUGUAAUUAUUCUUAAAUAAGUAGUAGCGAAAUGUGUCGAUCUUAUCUGCACGUGUCUCCACUGAUUAAAAUAUGUAUACCUACUUACCUACAUUUAUUCUGUACAUGGAUACCUACAUACCUACACACAUAAAGGCAUACUUUUAUGUCGCAUUACUAAAAAUACACCUACCAAAAGUAUUGUACUUAUAAAUACAAGGAUUUUGUGGCUAGGCAGUAACGGGUUCUUAUUAAAUUACGUUACUUUAAGUUUUAAAUUGCCAACUAAUAUGACGAUGGAAUAUAAAUCCCUUAUAUUUUAAAAUAAAACCAUUUCAUACAAUAAUUCGGUACAUAGAAAGUUUGUUUUAAUUUUGUAUAAAAAAAAACUGAAGUUUUCACACUCAAAAAUUUAAUCAUGGCUAAUCCUGACUUUCCGUUGGUUCUAUGAACGUAAAUGAAUUUAAAAAUAAUUAAGUACAGAUUUUUAGGUUUUCAAUACCUACUUAAUAUUAUGACGUCCAGUGAAAAGUCCGUGAUCCCACCGAUUUAUCCCACUGGGGGAUUUACGGUAUACCUACCACCAUUUCGUGACGGGGCCGUUGUCCAACCCCUUUGUCCUACUAAUAACUAAUGGGUAUAUUACGGAACACCAUGUACCUUCUCGUGGUUCGACUGGUGGGACUACAGAAUACCAAUAUCUAAAGAUUCCAAGAGAAAUAAAAUAUGAAUUUAUAAAAAUAUAUGAUAAAAAACAAAAAGUAAAUAACUUUGUUGUGUUAUGAAUUUCUAGGUAGGGGUACAUUUUUUAAAUAAAUAGAUGUAAAUUGGGCGCGCCAUUUUAAUUUGGACCUUUAUACUGUGUAAAAACUAACGUCUUCAACCACUAUAACUAUGUACCUUUGUAGUUCCGAUUUAGUAGACUUUAGCGAGGUAAGCUAUUAGAUAACUCAAUAGGUAUAUCUAUCAGUUAUUUGUGUAAACAUACAAAACAUUAAUAAUUGCAAAAAAUAUACAUAAUAUUAUAUAAUAUACCUAUUUAAUAUUUUAAGUAUUGGCAAUAUACAAUAAUGAUACCUAACUAAGAAUAAAUAAAUAAAGUCGAAUACAAGUCUACUUAUUUCAUAGAACUUGAAAGUUUAUAUAAUGCGUCCAAACUAACAAAGGACCCCAAAAAAUACAUUGAGUCCUACAAAAUCCAUUUAUUAGUUUCCAUUUGUUAGUUUGGACGCAUUAUUUAUGUUUUCUUUUUUUAAUAUGAAGCAAGCACGUCAUGUUAAAUGAUCAUCUAUUGUACGUAGUGCUAGUGUGUUUAUUUUCUAAUCCUACUAAUAUUAUAAAUGUGAAAGUGUGGAUG